AUGAGCAAUCAGUGGGUUAUCACUAUUGUUGUAGGCUUCUUGGCUUUAUCUAAAGCUUCCAUUAUUUCUCAGAAAUAUACUGCGAAACAUGAAUUUAAUGAUAAGAAAUCAGAUUAUGAACUUUUAGGGGAAUAUAAUGCCCAAUCAUUGACCGAGUGCGCCGCUAUGUGUCAUGAGGAGUGCCGUUUCUUUGGUUUCAACUCACAAAUGAAGAAAUGUCGUACCCACAAGAAAAGAUUAACCUCUGAGCUGCCUGAUGAGGCCGGUUGGAGAUACUACUCGGAUAACGAUUGUGUUUUUUCUGCCAUGCCCAAAGAUUGUCAGGAUCUUUGUGAAGAAGGACAAGCUACUACAGGGGUGUAUGAUAUAUACCCCUACAGAACUUUAACAAUGCCGAUAAGUGUCUACUGUGACAUGACCUCAAUGGGCGGGGGGUGGACGGCCAUUCAGAAACGCGUAGACGGAUCUGUGAGCUUUGACAGGAACUGGGCGGAAUAUAAGAAUGGUUUUGGUUCACCAGAACAGAAUGUCUGGGUUGGAAAUGACGUAAUCCAUCUAUUAACAAAGGGAGAGAACUCAUCCCUUUAUGUGUCCAUCACUCUCCAGAAUGGUACGACUCUGUAUGAAAUGUACGACCGAUUCUCUGUCUCCGAUGAAGCUGGAAAAUAUCAACUCUUUCUUGCAGGACCUGCCACGGGAACAUUAGGUGACGCUAUGUUAGACACAGGUAAUCCUAACGGCAAUCACUAUGGUAUGUCGUUCUCCACCCCAGACAGGGAUAACGACGGCUCUCCUGGUAACUGUGCUGCUGUCAGUAACACUAGAGGAGGCUGGUGGUUAAACUACUGCCACUACGCCUUCCUUAACGGUCAGUGGUCCCCGGGGUCCUGGAUCAACCCAUGGUAUCCCACAGUAACGAGUGGGACAUCUAUAAGGGGGACCACCAUGAUGAUCAGACGUCACUAG